UUCUGAAUGUAGUGUGCCUACUCUGGUAAACGUAAAUUGCACCAAAUUGCCAGUCCAAAUGUCCCUCUGUUUAAUUCAGAGCUUACAUGCAAAGUUGGUGACAUAUGUUCUCCAAAACUAAAAUGGAGUCAGACAUCAUGCUAGUUCUUUUUUUUCUUUUUAAAAUUUUUUGUGCCCCCAACUUGUCAAUUGGAGAACAGAAGCUGUUUAAAAGGAUUUCCAUGUAGUGAAGCUGGUAUGUUCAACAUCUUCCUGGCUGUUCUCUGCUGCCAGCAUACCUGCUUACUUUCUCUAUUCUUGGCUAGGAACAGUGCCAAAAAGAGAUGUGAGGAAUCUGUCUAAACAACUUGUCUCAUUCCAAAUCUACAUCCUGUAUUUGUAUUUACUUUUUCUGUAAAGCCUGUUAGGAAUCUUACAAUAGUAAGGCAUCAGGAAAGAAAUCUAUUUGUCAAUCUGUUGCAAAAGAAUGAGGCAGGUGCUCUAAGUGUAGGAAGCCUGAACACCUUCGGGGGGGGGGGAUCCCAUUUUGGGUGCAGUUUACUUUGUAUAGACAUGAGUGGAAGACCUGACACUACAGACUGUAAUUGUAGCAAGGCUUUUUCUGCCCAGUAGGUCAUUCCACUACAGAAAAAAAAAAAAAAAUCCACAUAGCUUACAAAUGUUUCAUUUUAAAGGUUAAUCAAAUUUUGUAUUAAGUAUAGUCCAUGUUGAUAAUGCAGAUUAUAACCUCAUGCAGGAGCAUCUGCUUCUGUUUUUGUCGAGCUGGAGAUUAUCCCUUAAUCAUGCAGGGUCCAGGUAUGCAUUUUCAGAUUUGUUGACUCAGGAAAGCUGAGGACAGCAUUAAAGGCCAAUGACGCUAUACUGUGUAGCUACACUCAGGUUGUUGCUCCUCUGAACAAGAACUCUUGCUUGGACCACUCACUGAAAAGAAUGGCAAGAAGAAAUGUUCUCAUUACAGGUUGCUCCUCAGGAAUUGGACUGGCAUUAGCUGUAAAAAUGGCAAAAGAUGAACAGAAAAGAUUUAAAGUGUAUGCCACAAUGCGGAAUCUGGCCAAGAAAGAGCCGCUCGAGGAAGCUGCAGGUCACAGGCUGGGCAAAACCCUUGAAAUAAAACAACUGGAUGUCUGUGAUGAACAGUCUAUUAAAACUUGUGUGAAUAGUAUCCCUGACAGAAGGAUCGAUGUCCUAGGCAACAAUGCUGGAAUGGGGCUCAUUGGACCUAUUGAAUGUCAGACCAUAGAUGAAAUGAAAACCGUGAUGGAUACCAACUUCUUUGGACUGGUUCGACUCCUGAAGGAGAUUUUGCCUGACAUGAAGAGGAGAAAGAGCGGGCAUAUAGUUAUAAUAAGCAGUGUUAUGGGAAUACAAGGUAUCUUAUUUAAUGAUGUUUAUGCUGCAUCUAAGUUUGCUGUGGAAGGAUUCUGUGAAAGUUUAGCUAUACAAGCACUCAAGUUCAAACUGCAGUUAAGUUUGAUUGAACCAGGCCCGGUGGUUACAGAGUUUGAAAGAAAAGUGUUUGAAGAUGGAAUGAAAAUGGAUCUUUCAGCUGCAGAUGGAGAAACAGCUGAGAUGUUUACUAAUAUUUACCUUAAAAAUUACAAACAGAUUUUCCAGAGCCUGGGACAAAGUGCUGAAGAUGUUGCAGAGCAUACAGUAAAGGUAAUUCUUGCAGAAAAUCCACCUUUUCGCCAUCAGACCAACACCUUGUAUACUCCAAUGACAACUCUGAAAUACGCAGAUCCAAAUGGAGAUCUACCCAUUGAUACAUUCUACAAAAUGGUUUUUCAUCAUGACAAAAUCUUCAGUGCAAGUCUUAACUUUAUCAAAUUGCUAAGGUGGAGAAGUAGAAAGAGCUUUGACUUGGGAAAACCCUCACAAUAAGUAUGAGAUAAUAUAGUGAAAAUUGGAAUUACUUUUUGUAGCUACUGAUAAUGCUGUAUGUUGUUAUUCAAAUGCCUUUGCUCUGUAGUUGUGAAAAGGCUUUCAAGGUGUUUAUUUGAGCAUAGCUAAGAUGUUCAGCCUAGGGUGUUUAUCUCUAACUUUACGGUUGCAGAACCUUGAAAUUAAAAUCCUUCAGCUAUAGGUUUA